CAAUAUCAAUGUAGUAGUCAGGCAGGAUUCUAAGGUCCAAGGAAAGGUGCUGAAGAACCUCCUUAUUGUGUGUGUGACAGAUUCUUUCACUUGUGAUCACUUCAAAGAAAGCCCUCCCCUACCACAGACACCACUGGCAUUGCAUUUGGCCUCUUUCCUUCCUUCGGUGUAUGACUUCUUUUGUAUGGGGAAAUGAGGUCUGUGUUGUGCUCUUCAUAUGAUUCCCCCACCUUUUCUAAUGUUAUCAGCUGUAGACAUCAGUUGGGAUGAAGACCUCAAGCACCUGAGUUGAGUACCAAACACAUGAGGGAGGGUAUAAAGAUGCAUGAGUUUAGGAAUAAGCCUUUCCGAAACGCUUAUAUAUUCCCUCUGCCCUGCUUUAAUUAGAGAAACAGCCACUUACUUAACCCUUUGCCUUUGUCUCUCUCUCUCUCUCUCUAAAUGCUUCCCAUAAUUCUUCUCUCUGGUUCAUGUGGAGCUGUGUAAUCUUUUGGUGGAGGAAUGCUUGUCGCCUACUUAAUAUUAAGAUAAGAAAAGCUUUCACGCUUCCAAAGACGUCUCUUCCUACUCCUUCCGCACUCAUCUUUUCCUCCUGCUUCUCUUGGUUUGGUUGCUCUUUUGUUUGCUUCGUAUGGAGAAGCACAAGUGUCGCAUAUGCUUCCGCCGCUUCCCCAGCGGUCGCGCUCUCGGCGGCCACAUGCGCUCUCACGUAAGCUCUGCCACCCCUCCGCCCAAGCUCCAUGGCCAUCACUGCCCCGCCGGCUACGCGGUGGCGGAGGGGGAUGAGGAGGGGAAGCUUACCGAACAAGCUUCCUGUGGCCUCAGGGUGAAGGGUCGGAAGAGGUCCCGCCUCGAGGACCCGGAGUCUUCCUCCGCCUUCGCCGCCGUCGGGUCCACCUACGCUGUCGUCGAGGACGGCGAGAGCGAGACCGACGCCAAUCACCGUUGCCGAUCCAAGCGAGCCCGCCACGCUUACUCGCGGCCGGAGCCGGCGAGCUCGGCAUCGGAUGUCACGACGGAGGCGGACGUCGCACUCUGCCUCAUGAUGCUCUCACGCGACUCCUGGAUCAGCGGCGAUGUGGAGGAGGGAAAUGUCCGUCGGAUCACCACCCGUUCGCGGCCGCCGCGGAGGAGGCGAAGCAGGUUCCAGUGCGGGAAGUGCAAGAAAGUGUUCCGGUCGUACCAAGCGCUAGGCGGCCACCGGGCGAGCCGCCACAACCACAAGCCGAAGAGCUGUAUGCCGGCCGUCGGACAGCGGACCGACGGCGACGACGACGUCGAGGCCGAUGCGGACGCCAAGGUCUACGAGUGCCCCUUCUGCCUCAGAGUCUUCGCCUCCGGCCAGGCUCUCGGCGGCCACAAGCGAUCACACUUAACAUCCUCCGCCGCCACCACCAUGACUACCACAAGCGAUCACGCCAAAUUCAACCGUGCUCUCGGAGUAAUUGAUCUCAACUUGCCUGCGCCGGCGGAUGACGAUGUGGCUCUGUCUGCUGCUUCGGACACAGAGUUCAUUGUCAACCACACAGCGAGCUGAGAUUUCAUUCUUCAUGCAUCCCAACUCCGGAGCUGUACAUGAAGCAAAUAGUUAUAGUUAGUUCGAGGUUACAUAUGAAUUUUAGAGGAAACAAAAUCAACUUUUUUUUAUGUAGAAAUAAUGAUUUGGUGAUUCAUUUUGUUAACCUAUGACUUCCUCUUACUCUAGAAUAAACAUGUUAAUUUACUGCUGCUUAGUUUCCAGUUCUUCUCGCUGAAUGAUUCUUCCUGCCUUUCGACUCGCCGCUUGCAAAGCUCCUUCUUUACCUUCAUCUCUCCAGCCGAGCUGAGCCGAGGUUGCCACGUCUCCGGUUCCUUCGGCCCUUUGCGCCGCACCGGUGACGUACUUGACGGGCACAUCCUCGUUUUCCACAUGAUUAGGUAAGUGAGCAGUGUUACCACUGUCGAAGUGG